GAGCUCACACAGCCCUUAAAAAUCUGCAAGGAUCUUGUUCUGCUGCCUGGCGGUGAGUGUCUUUUUGGGGCUAUUUGGCACCAUUUUGGCAACGGGAGUUGGCAACGUCACCCUGAGUUCUUCCAGAGCUCUAUGAAAAGCUUUAAAAUUGGGUUUUUGCACUUUUUCCAUGAUCCACCUCUAGGGAGCAAGCUGGGCAAAGAAGGAGGAUCGCGAGAGAUUGGAGACCACAGCACCAUGGCCUCUGCUGCUUCCAGAGCAAAGGAAAAAGGAGAGGGGGGCUCCCACCACCCCAUCCCAGAGCAUCAGAUGGGCAAUGGAUGCAGCAGCUCCGUGGGUCGUGGAGGUGGCACGUGGCAGGAGCGAGGACGGCUCGGAGAUACCGAGGUCAUCAGCCACCGAAACCAUCUCAGGAAAGGGAAUUUCCACACAAAACUCCAUUUGGAGCACCUGGCAGAGAAGCUGAAGCUUUUGGGGCUGGAUGGAGACAGAGGGGAAAAGGAGAAACUCUGCUCAUGGCGCAAGAGGACAUUCCCCUCCAAUGGACCACGGGAUGAUGGAGGUCCCACUGGAGCCCCCAUAAAGGAGUCAGUGCAGGAGGAUGUGGAGCAGAUUCACAGCGAUCUGGAGAACCUCAAGAAACAAAAGGAGGAGCUCUUAGAACUCAAAAGGAGUGGGGAGAGGCGAUGCCAAGACCUUCUGACACGGACGGAGGCUGAGAGGCAGAAAAUUUUGUCAGAAUUCCGUCAGCUCCGCCGUUUUCUGAAGGAGAAGGAGAUGGUGCUCGUGGCACGGCUGGGGGAGCUGGACAGGGCUGUGCUGAGGAGGCAGGAGGAGGAGGAGGCCAAGGUGGAGGGGGACAUUUCUCUCCUCGGCAUCCUCAUCUGUGAGAUGGAGGAGAAACUCAAGCAACCCACACGUGGAUUCCUACAGGAUGUCAGAAGCACGCUGAGCAGGUGGGAGAGGGGCAGAACACGAAGAAUGACGGAGAACUUUGCAGACGUGGAACGGAGGCUCUGUGUCAUCUCCCAGCAACAUAAAAUCCUCAGGGAGACGUUGGGGAGAUUCCAAGAUCUUUUUCUGUCUGAGCUGGAGAAGGAAGAGGGAGCAUCUGUAGGAGAAGAGGGAAAAGCGUUUGUCACCCUGGACCCCACCACUGCCACUGCAGGGCUCGUCCUGUCCCGGGACCGACGUGGGGUGAGAUGGAUGGAUAUGGGGCACAACGUGUCCCCUUGUCCCCAACGCUUCGAUGUCUCCUGCUGUGUGCUGGGCUGUCGGGGCUUCACCUCAGGGCGGCACUUUUGGGAUGUGGAGGUGAUGGGUGGUGCCACGUGGGCACUCGGGGUGGCACGCAGCUCUGUGCCCAGGAAGGGUUGGCUCACUUUCCACCCCGAUUAUGGGAUUUGGGCUAUGGGAUGCUGUAGAAACAGCUUCCGAGCUUUCACAUCUCCCCCAUCCACCCUCCCCAUCAGUGGGGAUCCCAACAGGAUUCGAGUGGUGUUGGAUUACGGAGGGGGACAGGUGGCUUUCUACGUCGCUUCCCAAAAAAAUCCCAUAUUUGCUUUCCAAAAUGCUUCUUUUUGUGGGGAGAGCAUCUUCCCUUUCUUCUGGGUGGGCAGAGGCUCCCACCUUCGCCUCUGCCCCUGACAGAAGGAAAAGGGAGGCCUGAAACUUUGGGGUGAGCAUCUCCAUCAGCUCAUCUGCAAUGCAAUGGGAUCUUCCAGUCUUUGGGUUUUGUGCUCGUUGUGCCACUAUUUUCAUGGCAUCCUAAGAUGGUGCUGUAUUAUUUUUGUGACACUGUAAGAGACUGGAGCAGAAAUUUUGUCACAAAUUAACAACAACAAAAAAAAAAAAAAAAACAGCAAAACAAA